GGUCUUUCUUCCACCAGAUUAAGUUGCGCACAAUUUUGGCACGGCUGUUGGUAAUCUGUUUAUUUCUGUACAAAGGGCUCCAAAUUGACCACGAACGUCUGAAAAUGCUCGCCACCGUCAGGAAACAACUGAUCAAUCACCCAGCUCUCAUCCCACUCUUUAUUUUCAUCGGUGGAGGUGUAGCCAUGUCCAUGGGCUACCUUGCUCGUUUGGCUCUGAAAAACCCUGAUGUCAGCUGGGAUCGCAAGAACAACCCAGAGCCCUGGAACAAACUUGGCCCAAAUGAUCAGUACAAGUUUUAUUCCGUCUCCAUUGACUACAGCAAGCUCAACAAGGAUCGUCCUGAGUUCUAAAGAUUGCAGCAACUGUACAAAAAGCACAAAGAUGAGAUGAUCCAGCACAUUUUUGGAUUCUGAGGAACGCAGAGGCUAAACCCGCACAAGAUUUUUAAACACUCAGAUUAAGUUUCUCAUUGCAUCCCUUUUGUUUUGUAGUUUUCAGUGGCUCUAAAUAAAGCUCCAACGUACAGAGAG